AUGAGUGAUGACAAACCGUUCUUAUGUUCUGCUGUUGGGUGUGGUCAGGUAUGUUUUUAAAAAAAGUCCCUGUGGUUUGCUUUGUGGUUAUAUAUGAAAAGUGCAGUGUGUAAAUGAUAUAUGUAUCAUCUUUCCAUAGCGAUUUACAAAUGAAGACCAUUUGGCUGUCCACAAACACAAGCACGAGAUGACACUAAAGUUUGGUCCAGCAAGAGACAACAGUGUCAUAGUGGCCGGUAAGCACUACAAGAGGCAUCAAAUCAAUUACUAAGUGGCAGUGGUGGAAAAAGUACCCAAUUGUCAUACUUGAGUAAAAGUAAAAGAUACCUUAAUAGAAAGUUAAUCAAUAAAAAUGAAAUUCACCCAGUAAAAUACUACUUGAGUAAAAGUCUAAAUGUAUUUGAGUUUAAAUAUACUUAAGUUUCAAAAGUAAAUGUAAUUGCUAAAAUAUACUUAAGUAUCAAAAGUAAAAUUUAUAAAUUAUUUCAAAUUCCUUAUAUUAGGCAAAGCAGAAGGCACCAUUUUCUUGUAUUUUUAUUAAUGGAUAGCCAGGGGCACAUCAACACUCAGACAUUAUUUACAAAAUAUGCAUUUGUGUUUAGUGAGUCUGCCAGACCAUAGGCAGUAGGGAUGACUACGUGUUCUCUUGAUAAGUUCAUGAAUUUCACAAUUUUCCUGUCCUGCUAAGCGUUCAAAAUGUAACGUGUACUUUGGGUUGUCAAGGAAAAUGUAAGGAGUAAAAAGUACAAUAUUUUCUUUAGGAAUGUAGUGAAGUAAAAGUUGUCAAAAAUAUAAAAGUAAAGUAAAGUACAGAUACCCUCAAAAAAACAACUUAAGUAGUACUUUAAAGUAUUUUUACUUAAGUACUUUACACCACUGCUAAGUGAUAGUAUUCGUUCAAGUGAUGUGUGAGAGAGAUUGCCUUCUGUUGCAGACCAAACGCCAACACCUACACGCUUUUUGAAGAACUGUGAGGAAGUUGGACUCUUCAACGAGCUUACCAGUCCUUUGGUGCAUGACUUCAAAAGAGCUGCUGUGUAUGACAUCAAAAAGGUGACUAGUUACUAGUCAGUAGUUCUAUCAAGAAUAACGCUCUUUACAUUCGUAGCACAGUUUGCAUCAAAUUUGAUCUUAUCUGAUCUGUUGGCAUUUGUUUCUGACGUGUAGAUGCCCUUGGAUUUGUCACCUCUUGCCACACCGAUGAUCAUACGAAACAAAAUUGAUGACCACUCAGUUGUGGCAGCACAUCGGGACAGCCCUCUGCCCCAUCCGGAAUCUACAACAAGUGAUGACAAGGUAAGGAAUUUGGUAUACUUCAUACAGUGAUAUCCAGGUGAAUUAGUUUAUAUAAAUGUAGGCUAGAUCCUAGUUUUCAAUAUUAGUUACUUGUGACACAGGCAUCCGUUGUCUGUAGGGCAAUUAAUAAUAAUAAUAAUAAUAAUAAUAAUAAUAAUAUGCCAUUUAGCAGAUGCUUUUAUCCAAAGCGACUUACAGUCUUAUGUGCAUACAUUUUUAGGUAUGGGUGAUCCCGGGGAUCGAACCCACUACCCUGGCGUUACAAGCGCCAUGCUCUACCAAUUGAGCUACAGAGGACCACAAUUCUAGGUCUUGACAUACAGUGGGGAGAACAAGUAUUUGAUACACUGCCGAUUUUGCAGGUUUUCCUACUUACAAAGCAUGUAGAGGUCUGUAAUUUUUAUCAUAGGUACACUUCAACUGUGAGAGACGGAAUCUAAAACAAAAAUCCAGAAAAUCACAUUGUAUGAUUUUUAAGUAAAUGACAACGACCCGAAACACACAGCCAGGGCAACUAAGGAGUGGCUCCGUAAGAAGCAUCUCAAGGUCCUGGAGUGGCCUAGCCAGUCUCCAGACCUGAACCCAAUAGAAAAUCUUUGGAGGGAGCUGAAAGUCCGUAUUGCCCAGCGACAGCCCCAAAACCUGAAGGAUCUGGAGAAGGUCUGUAUUGAGGAGUGGGCCAAAAUCCCUGCUGCAGUGUGUGCAAACCUGGUCAAGACCUACAGAAAACGUAUGAUCUCUGUAAUUGCAAACAAAGGUUUCUGUACCAAAUAUUAAGUUCUGCUUUUCUGAUGUAUCAAAUACUUAUGUCAUGCAAUAAAAUGCAAAUUAAUUACUUAAAAAUAAUACAAUGUGAUUUUCUGGAUUUUUGUACAUGCUUUGUAAGUAGGAAAACCUGCAAAAUCGGCAGUGUAUCAAAUAAUUGUUCUCCCCACUGUACAUUUUGACAUUUAUAAACAACUAUUGUCUCACCUUUUUAAUAUCCAGGGUUAUAUUAAACCUUCAACAGUUUGAUUUAAUUUAGAACAGUGUUACUUGAAUGUUGAGCAACACUGCAGAUGUGAUUGCUGAAAAAGCAGUUGUCUUUGCUACCAUGUAGGCUAACUAGACAGACGUGCUGCCAUAAUUAUGGUCAUACAGUAUCCAUGAACCCCCGUUGAAUGGCUUACCAGAGAUGUUGCUCAACAACAUUGCAAUAAGCUCCGAGUGAAUUGUUCUCCAAAAUGACCACCCAGUGUAACGGAGUUGAUCUACUGUUUAAAAUAUUUUGUCAUCGCAGCAUGAGGUUUACCCACUUAUGGUCAUUUGCAGCACCUUUGAAUAGUUUCUUCACAGACUAACCACUUUUACUAGGAGCUUUGUCUUCUGUUGAAUAGUCUCACUGUAAGGCUUCAUCCGAUGAAACACUGAUUUUCUUCCACUCUGCUUUGAUUGAUGGUUUCACUCCUUCAUAAAAAUAAGACAAUACUGCCAGAACUGUACAAAUGGUUUGGAUAAAGAAAUCACAUUGGGCUAUAUUUUGUACACCAGACCCAUAAUAACUAGUCUAUUAUCAGUUAGUAAUCUAUCUUUUAAUCUGUAUUACAGGAAUUAGACAAAUCCAGGGCAUUGUUUCGUAGUUGAAAUCUAGAGAAUGGUUUUCAUUGAGCUACUAAUGCAGCCAAGGUCUCGUAUGAUGUUUUCAGGAGGUAUCUUUGCAGCCGACCUCACUGCCGACCUCUGCUAUAGUCCAUCCUCCAUCCCUCCACGUCCCCAAUGUACUCCUAGCAACCUCAGACGCUAGUGUUGUUAUACAGCAAGCUCUCCCAUCGCCAACGUCUAGCUCUGUAAUUACCCAAGCCCCAUCCACUAAUAGGCCAAUAGUGUAAGUAACUCAAAAAUGUAACUUUAUUUUGUUGAUUUUUUAUUUUUUGUUAUUUUUUUAGCUUGAAUUAUUUUUGUGCUAUUAUGUCUUUAUGAUAUUGCAUUUCAUGGUCAGAUGGUUCAUCGAAAAGUAUAAUCUUUGGUUUGUUGUCGUUGACCAAUACUGGUACCUUUUAUUGUAUUAACACAAAUCCAUCUAAUUAGGCUGUUAAGUUACGUUAUGUUCCUUUGAUUGCCUGUUAAGUUAUUUUAAAAAAAAUGUUGUGGUGUAAAGUGUAUGAUAAUGUUCUUAAAUUAUAUAUUCUUUUAAAACUACAUAAUUGCUAUUUGUUGUGUAACCCAUAGUGUUUCUUCUCUCCAGUCCAGUCUCUGGCACGUUCCCAGUAAUCUUACAGCUGCCUAAUGGACAGACGAUGCCCAUCGCUAUCCCAGCAACCAUCGCAUCCAGUCUGCCCAGACCAACCGCCAUUCCUGUAAGUAUUGCAAGUCAUGCUUUAUGGCGUUCCGUUGUGUAUUUUGAAUGUAUGGAAUUCCAAUGAGCUGCACGAUCACUCAGGCACAUUUCCACUGGGCCAAUACCCAGGCUCCAGUAGUUAAUGUCAUGUAUCACCACUCUGCCCCCUAGAGGGUCACUAUUUACUGCUUUGGCACUAGUGUCUUUGGCAUGUGUUGCAUAGGCAGGUGACGAUGGGUGAACUAAUGUGCCUUUUAGAAGAGAGCAGCUGUAUGUUACCAUGGCAAAGACCGUGAGUAGGCCAAACGGUUGCUAUGUCCCCAUCCAGAGUGCCUCACUGCCAUUUGUCCUUGUACAAUUUGAAUCACCACACUUGACUUCUGGCAGACUGGAUGGACUAUGCCUGAUGUUUGUCGCAAAUCAAUUAACAUGGUGGUCUGGAUAUUACGUUUCAGUGUCCCUUGAGGACAUUAGUUAAUAUAUCCAUAUUAAAGGUGCUAUAGAAGUCUCUCUGUCCCUAGUUCCCCCAGAGCCACGUCUCUCUGUCCCUAGUUCCCCCAGAGCCACGUCUCUCUGUCCCUAGUUCCCCCAGAGCCACGUCUCUCUGUCCCUAGUUCCCCCAGAGCCACGUCUCUCUGUCCCUAGUUCCCCCAGAGCCACGUGUCCCUGUCCCUAGUUCCCCCAGAGCCACGUCUCCCUGUCCCUAGUUCCCCCAGAGCCACGUCUCCCAGUCCCUAGUUCCGCCAGAGCCACGUCUCCCAGUCACUAGUCUGUGGGGAGCUGCUGAUGAAAAAGGAAGAGAAGAGAUCUCACUGCUGGGCCUCCUCUUCUCUCCCUCCUUUCAUCCACAAUUGUCUCUCUUUUUCCGUCCAUCUCAUUGUCAGGAGAUGGUAGAAUAGUCCCAGCUCUGGCCUUCAAGCUCGUCUCUCUCCAUCCUUCUCCGUUUGCUCAGCCCCUUUGUCAAUGCUCUCCACACAGACAGGCAGGAGGUCAUUAGCGUGCAUGGGGCAUCUCCAUGUGCUCUCCACACAGGCAGGCAGGAGGUCAUUAGCGUACAUGGGGCAUCUCCAUGUGCUCUCCACAAAGACAGGCAGGAGCUCAUUAGCGUACAUGGGGCAUCUCCAUGUGCUCUCCACACAGUAACAGGCCAUCCAGUCUAAUGAGGCUGAGAUAUGAGGAAAACUCUGAGCGUACGACGCUGUGUGUGUGAACAUUGGGAGGGGAUGGGGAAGGAGACUGAUUCUCCUUGUGCUGGUCUCUGUGUGUGUGUCUGUGCGGUCAGCUUGUCAGACCCAUCACCAUAGUGCCUAACGUCCCCGGGAUCCCUGGACCCCCCUCGCCACAAGCCGUCCAAUCAGAAGCUAAGCUGGUAAUGUUUCACUCGUAUACCUAACAUCAAGUGUUCCGUGCACAUGUCUGCAUGCCCCAAACUUCCUCAAAUGUAUAAUAUCAAAUGUAUCCACAAAAUAAUGUUAUGUACUCUACAUUUACAGUACAGACAAUGGUGGUGAAUACUGUAGGUUAAUUCCACCUCAGAAUGUAGUGUCUCUAGUCUCUGGCCCUGUGUAUUAGUAGUGUCUCUAGUCUCUGGCCCUGUGUAUUAGUAGUGUCUCUAGUCUCUGGCCCUGUGUAUUAGUAGUGUCUCCAGUCUCUGGACCUGUGUAUUAGUAGUGUCUCUAGUCUCUGGCCCUGUGUAUUAGUAGUGUCUCUAGUCUCUGGCCCUGUGUAUUAGUAGUGUCUCCAGUCUCUGGACCUGUGUAUUAGUAGUGUCUCUGGCCCUGUGUAUUAGUAGUGUCUCUGGCCCUGUGUAUUAGUAGUGUCUCUAGUCUCUGGCCCUGUGUAUUAGUAGUCUCCAGUAUCUGGCCCUGUGUAUUAGUAGUGUCUCUAGUCUCUGGCCCUGUGUAUUAGUAGUGUCUCUAGUCUCUGGCCCUGUGUAUUAGUAGUGUCUCUAGUCUCUGGCCCUGUGUAUUAGUAGUGUCUCUGGCCCUGUGUAUUAGUAGUGUCUCUAGUCUCUGGCCCUGUGUAUUAGUAGUGUCUCUAGUCUCUGGCCCUGUGUAUUAGUAGUGUCUCUAGUCUCUGGCCCUGUGUAUUAGUAGUGUCUCUGGCCCUGUGUAUUAGUAGUGUCUCUAGUCUCUGGCCCUGUGUAUUAGUAGUGUCUCCAGUCUUGGCCCUGUGUAUUAGUAGUGUCUCCAGUCCUCUGGCCCUGUGUAUUAGUAGUGUCUCUAGUCUCUGGCCCUGUGUAUUAGUAGUGUCUCCAGUGUCUGGCCCUGUGUAUUAGUAGUGUCUCCAGUCUCUGGCCCUGUGUAUUAGUAGUGUCUCUGGCCCUGUGUAUUAGUAGUGUCUCUAGUCUCUGGCCCUGUGUAUUAGUAGUGUCUCUAGUCUCUGGCCCUGUGUAUUAGUAGUGUCUCUAGUCUCUGGCCCUGUGUAUUAGUAGUGUCUCUAGUCUCUGGCCCUGUGUAUUAGUAGUGUCUCCAGUCUCUGGCCCUGUGUAUUAGUAGUGUCUCUGGCCCUGUGUAUUAGUAGUGUCUCUAGUCUCUGGCCCUGUGUAUUAGUAGUGUCUCCAGUCUCUGGCCCUGUGUAUUAGUAGUGUCUCUGGCCCUGUGUAUUAGUAGUGUCUCUGGGCCCUGUGUAUUAGUAGUGUCUCUAGUCUCUGGCCCUGGGUAUUAGGCCCUUAAGUGUCUCUAGUCUCUGGCCCUGUGUAUUAGUAGUGUCUCUAGUCUCUGGCCCUGUGUAUUAGUAGUGUCUCCAGUCUCUGGCCCUGUGUAUUAGUAGUGUCUCUAGUCUCUGGCCCUGUGUAUUAGUAGUGUCUCUAGUCUCUGGCCCUGUGUAUUAGUAGUGUCUCUAGUCUCUGGCCCUGUGUAUUAGUAGUGUCUCUAGUCUCUGGCCCUGUGUAUUAGUAGUGUCUCUAGUCUCUGGCCCUGUGUAUUAGUAGUGUCUCCAGUCUCUGGCCCUGUGUAUUAGUAGUGUCUCCAGUCUCUGGCCCUGUGUAUUAGUAGUGUCUCCAGUCUCUGGCCCUGUGUAUUAGUAGUGUCUCUGGCCCUGUGUAUUAGUAGUGUCUCUAGUCUCUGGCCCUGUGUAUUAGUAGUGUCUCUGGCCCUGUGUAUUAGUAGUGUCUCUGGCCCUGUGUAUUAGUAGUGUCUCUAGUCUCUGGCCCUGUGUAUUAGUAGUGUCUCUGGCCCUGUGUAUUAGUAGUGUCUCCAGUGUCUGGCCCUGUGUAUUAGUAGUGUCUCUAGUCUCUGGCCCUAUGUAUUAGUAGUGUCUCUAGUCUCUGGCCCUGUGUAUUAGUAGUGUCUCUAGUCUCUGGCCCUGUGUAUUAGUAGUGUCUCUGGCCCUGUGUAUUAGUAGUGUCUCCAGUCUCUGGCCCUGUGUAUUAGUAGUGUCUCUUGCCCUGUGUAUUAGUAGUGUCUCUGGCCCUGUGUAUUAGUAGUGUCUCUAGUCUCUGGCCCUGUGUAUUAGUAGUGUCUCCAGUCUCUGGCCCUGUGUAUUAGUAGUGUCUCUGGCCCUGUGUAUUAGUAGUGUCUCUGGCCCUGUGUAUUAGUAGUGUCUCUAGUCUCUGGCCCUGUGUAUUAGUAGUGUCUCCAGUCUCUGGUCCUGUGUAUUAGUAGUGUCUCUAGUCUCUGGCCCUGUGUAUUAGUAGUUUCUCUAGUCUCUGGCCCUGUGUAUUAGUAGUGUCUCUAGUCUCUGGCCCUGUGUAUUAGUAGUGUCUCUAGUCUCUGGCCCUGUGUAUUAGUAGUGUCUCUAGUCCUCUGGCCCUGUGUAUUAGUAGUGUCUCCAGUCUCUGGCCCUGUGUAUUAGUAGUGUCUCUAGUCUCUGGCCCUGUGUAUUAGUAGUGUCUCCAGUCUCUGGCCCUGUGUAUUAGUAGUGUCUCUGGCCCUGUGUAUUAGUAGUGUCUCCAGUCUCUGGCCCUGGGUAUUAGUAGUGUCUCUGGCCCUGUGUAUUAGUAGUGUCUCUAGUCUCUGGCCCUGUGUAUUAGUAGUGUCUCUAGUCUCUGGCCCUAUAUAUUAGUAGUGUCUCUAGCCCUGUGUAUUAGUAGUGUCUCUGGCCCUGUGUAUUAGUAGCGUCUCUAGUCUCUGGCCCUGUGUAUUAGUAGUGUCUCUGGUCUCUGGCCCUGUGUAUUAGUAGUUCUCUGGCCCUGUGUAUUAGUAGUGUCUCUGGCCCUGUGUAUUAGUAGUGUCUCCAGUCUCUGGCCCUGUGUAUUAGUAGUGUCUCUGGCCCUGUGUAUUAGUAGUGUCUCCAGUGUCUGGCCCUGUGUAUUAGUAGUGUCUCUGGCCCUGUGUAUUAGUAGUGUCUCUUGUCUCUGGCCCUGUGUAUUAGUAGUGUCUCCAGUCUCUGGCCCUGUGUAUUAGUAGUGUCUCCAGUCUCUGGCCCUGUGUAUUAGUAGUGUCUCCAGUGUCUGGCCCUGUGUAUUAGUAGUGUCUCCAGUCUCUGGCCCUGUGUAUUAGUAGUGUCUCUGGCCCUGUGUAUUAGUAGUGUCUCCAGUCUCUGGCCCUGUGUAUUAGUAGUGUCUCCAGUCUCUGGCCCUGUGUAUUAGUAGUGUCUCUAGUCUCUGGCCCUGUGUAUUAGUAGUGUCUCUGGCCCUGAAUAUUAGUAGUGUCUCUGGCCCUGUGUAUUAGUAGUGUCUCUAGUCUCUGGCCCUGUGUAUUAGUAGUGUCUCCAGUCUCUGGCCCUGUGUAUUAGUAGUGUCUCCAGUCUCUGGCCCUGUGUAUUAGUAGUGUCUCUGGCCCUGUGUAUUAGUAGUGUCUCUAGUCCUCUGGCCCUGUGUAUUAGUAGUGUCUCUGGCCCUGUGUAUUAGUAGUGUCUCUAGUCUCUGGCCCUGUGUAUUAGUAGUGUCUCCAGUCUCUGGCCCUGUGUAUUAGUAGUGUCUCUGGCCCUGUGUAUUAGUAGUGUCUCUAGUCUCUGGCCCUGUGUAUUAGUAGUGUCUCCAGUCUCUGGCCCUGUGUAUUAGUAGUGUCUCUGGCCCUGUGUAUUAGUAGUGUCUCUAGUCUCUGGCCCUGUGUAUUAGUAGUGUCUCCAGUCUCUGGCCCUGUGUAUUAGUAGUGUCUCUAGUCUCUGGCCCUGUGUAUUAGUAGUGUCUCUAGUCUCUGGCCCUGUGUAUUAGUAGUGUCUCUAGUCUCUGGCCCUGUGUAUUAGUAGUGUCUCUAGUCUCUGGCCCUGUGUAUUAGUAGUGUCUCUAGUCUCUGGCCCUGUGUAUUAGUAGUGUCUCUGGCCCUGUGUAUUAGUAGUGUCUCUAGUCUCUGGCCCUGUGUAUUAGUAGUGUCUCCAGUCUCUGGCCCUGUGUAUUAGUAGUGUCUCCAGUCUCUGGCCCUGUGUAUUAGUAGUGUCUCUAGUCUCUGGCCCUGUGUAUUAGUAGUGUCUCCAGUCUCUGGCCCUGUGUAUUAGUAGUGUCUCUGGCCCUGUGUAUUAGUAGUGUCUCCAGUCUCUGGCCCUGGGUAUUAGUAGUGUCUCUGGCCCUUUGUAUUAGUAGUGUCUCUAGUCUCUGGACCUGUGUAUUAGUAGUGUCUCUAGUCUCUGGCCCUGUGUAUUAGUAGUGUCUCUAGCCCUGUGUAUUAGUAGUGUCUCUGGCCCUGUGUAUUAGUAGUGUCUCUGGCCCUGUGUAUUAGUAGUGUCUAUAGUCUCUGGCCCUGUGUAUUAGUAGUGUCUCCAGUCUCUGGCCCUGUGUAUUAGUAGUGUAUCUAGUCUCUGGCCCUGUGUAUUAGUAGUGUCUCUAGCCAUGUGUAUUAGUAGUGUAUCUGGCCCUGUGUAUUAGUAGUGUCUCUGGCCCUGUGUAUUAGUAGUGUCUCUGGCCCUGUGUAUUAGUAGUGUCCUCUGGCCCUGUGUAUUAGUAGUGUCUCCAGUCUCUGGCCCUGUUAUAUUAGUGUCCUCUAGUCUCUGGCCCUGUGUAUUAGUAGUGGUCCUCCAGUCUCUGGCCCUGUGUAUUAGUAGUGUCUCUGGCCCUGUGUAUUAGUAGUGUCUCUGGCCCUGUGUAUUAGUAGUGUCUCUGGCCCUGUGUAUUAGUAGUGUCUCCAGUCUCUAGCCCUGUGUAUUAGUAGUGUCUCCAGUCUCUGUCCCUGUGUAUUAGUAGUGUCUCUAGUCUCUGGCCCUGUGUAUUAGUAGUGUCUCUGGCCCUGUGUAUUAGUAGUGUCUCUGGCCCUGUGUAUUAGUAGUGUCUCUAGUCUCUGGCCCUGUGUAUUAGUAGUGUCUCUAGUCUCUGGCCCUGUGUAUUAGUAGUGUCUCUAGUCUCUGGCCCUGUGUAUUAGUAGUGUCUCUGGCCCUGUGUAUUAGUAGUGUCUCUAGUCUCUGGCCCUGUGUAUUAGUAGUGUCUCCAGUCUCUGGCCCUGUGUAUUAGUAGUGUCUCCAGUCUCUGGCCCUGUGUAUUAGUAGUGUCUCUAGUCUCUGGCCCUGUGUAUUAGUAGUGUCUCCAGUGUCUGGCCCUGUGUAUUAGUAGUGUCUCCAGUCUCUGGCCCUGUGUAUUAGUAGUGUCUCUGGCCCUGUGUAUUAGUAGUGUCUCUAGUCUCUGGCCCUGUGUAUUAGUAGUGUCUCUAGUCUCUGGCCCUGUGUAUUAGUAGUGUCUCUGGCCGUGUGUAUUAGUAGUGUCUCUAGUCUCUGGCCCUGUGUAUUAGUAGUGUCUCUGGCCCUGUGUAUUAGUAGUGUCUCUAGUCUCUGGCCCUGUGUAUUAGUAGUGUCUCCAGUCUCUGGCCCUGUGUAUUAGUAGUGUCUCUGGCCCUGUGUAUUAGUAGUGUCUCUGGCCCUGUGUAUUAGUAGUGUCUCUAGUCUCUGGCCCUGUGUAUUAGUAGUGUCUCUAGUCUCUGGCCCUGUGUAUUAGUAGUGUCUCUAGUCUCUGGCCCUGUGUAUUAGUAGUGUCUCCAGUCUCUGGCCCUGUGUAUUAGUAGUGUCUCUAGUCUUUGGCCCUGUGUAUUAGUAGUGUCUCUAGUCUCUGGCCCUGUGUAUUAGUAGUGUCUCUAGUCUCUGGCCCUGUGUAUUAGUAGUGUCUCUAGUCUCUGGCCCUGUGUAUUAGUAGUGUCUCUAGUCUCUGGCCCUGUGUAUUAGUAGUGUCUCCAGUCUCUGGCCCUGUGUAUUAGUAGUGUCUCUAGUCUCUGGCCCUGUGUAUUAGUAGUGUCUCUGGCCCUGUGUAUUAGUAGUGUCUCCAGUGUCUGGCCCUGUGUAUUAGUAGUGUCUCUAGUCUCUGGCCCUGUGUAUUAGUAGUGUCUCUAGUCUCUGGCCCUGUGUAUUAGUAGUGUCCUCUAGUCUCUGGCCCUGUGUAUUAGUAGUGUCUCCAGUGUCUGGCCCUGUGUAUAGUAGUGUCCUCCAGUCUCUGGCCCUGUGUAUUAGUAGUGUCUCUAGUCUCUGGCCCUGUGUAUUAGUAGUGUCUCUAGUCUCUGGCCCUGUGUAUUAGUAGUGUCUCUAGUCUCUGGCCCUGUGUAUUAGUAGUGUCUCUGGCCCUGUGUAUUAGUAGUGUCUCCAGUCUCUGGCCCUGUGUAUUAGUAGUGUCUCUGGCCCUGUGUAUUAGUAGUGUCUCUGGCCCUGUGUAUUAGUAGUGUCUCUUGUCUCUGGCCCUGUGUAUUAGUGUCUCCAGUCUCUGGCCCUGUGUAUUAGUAGUGUCUCCAGUCUCUGGCCCUGUGUAUUAGUAGUGUCUCCAGUGUCUGGCCCUGUGUAUUAGUAGUGUCUCCAGUCUCUGGCCCUGUGUAUUAGUAGUGUCUCUGGCCCUGUGUAUUAGUAGUGUCUCUAGUCUCUGGCCCUGUGUAUUAGUAGUGUCCUCCAGUCUCUGGCCCGUGUAUUAGUAGUGCCCUCUGGCCCUGUGUAUUAGUAUGUCUCUGGCCCUGUGUAUUAGUAGUGUCUCUAGUCUCUGGCCCUGUGUAUUAGUAGUGUCUCUAGUCUCUGGCCCUGUGUAUUAGUAGUGUCUCUAGUCCUGGCCCUGUGUAUUAGUAGUGUCUCCAGUCUCUGGCCCUGUGUAUUAGUAGUGUCUCUAGUCUUUGGCCCUGUGUAUUAGUAGUGUCCUCUAGUCUCUGGCCCUGUGUAUUAGUAGUGUCUCUAGUCUCGGCCCUGUGUAUUAGUAGUGUCUCUAGUCUCUGGCCCUGUGUAUUAGUAGUGUCUCUAGUCUCUGGCCCUGUGUAUUAGUAGUGUCUCCAGUCUCGGGCCCCUGUGUUUAGUAGUGUCUCUAGUCUCUGGCCCUGUGUAUUAGUAGUGUCUCUAGUCUCUGGCCCUGUGUAUUAGUAUUGUCUCUAGUCCUCUGGCCCUGUGUAUUAGUAGUGUCUCUGGCCCUGUGUAUUAGUAGUGUCUCCAGUCUCUGGCCCUGUGUAUUAGUAGUGUCUCUGGCCCUGUGUAUUAGUAGUGUCUCCAGUGUCUGGCCCUGUGUAUUAGUAGUGUCUCUGGCCCUGUGUAUUAGUAGUGUCUCUUGUCUCUGGCCCUGUGUAUUAGUGUCUCCAGUCUCUGGCCCUGUGUAUUAGUAGUGUCUCCAGUCUCUGGCCCUGUGUAUUAGUAGUGUCUCCAGUGUCUGGCCCUGUGUAUUAGUAGUGUCUCCAGUCUCUGGCCCUGUGUAUUAGUAGUGUCUCUGGCCCUGUGUAUUAGUAGUGUCUCUAGCCCUGUGUAUUAGUAGUGUCUCUGGCCCUGUGUAUUAGUAGUGUCUCCAGUCUCUGGCCCUGUGUAUUAGUAGUGUCUCUGGCCUGUGUAUUAGUAGUGUCUCUGGCCCUGUGUAUUCGUAGUGUCUCUUGUCUCGGGCCCCGUUGUAUUAGUAGUGUCUCUGGCCCUGUGUAUUAGUAGUGUCUCUAGUCUCUGGCCCUGUUUAUUAGUAGUGGUCUCUAGUCUCUGGCCCCUGUGUAUUAGUAGUGUCUCCAGUCUCUGGGCCCUUUGUAUUAGUAGUGUCUCUAGUCUCUGGCCCUGUGUAUUAGUAGUGUCCUUCCAUCUCUGGCCCUGUGUAUUAGUAGUGUCUCCAGUCUCUGGCCUGUGUAUUAGUAGUGGGUCUCUAGUCCUCUGGCCCUGUGUAUAGUAGUGUCUCCAGUCUCUGGCCCUGUGUAUUAGUAGUGUCUCUAGUCUCUGGCCCUGUGUUUAGUAGUGUCUCCAUCUCUGUCCCUGUGUAUUAGUAUGUCUCUAGUCUCUGGCCCUGUGUAUUAGUAGUGUCUCUGGCCCUGUUGUAUAGUAGUGUCUCCAGUCUCUGGCCCUGUGUAUUAGUAGUGUCCUCUGGCCCUUGUAUUGUAGUGUCUUCUAGUCUCUGGCCCUGUGGGUAUUGUAGUGUCUCUGGCCACUGUGUAUUAGUAGUGUCCUCUAGGUCCUCUGGCCCAUGUGUAUUAGUAGGUCUCUAGUCUCUGGCCCUGUUGUAUUAGUAGUGUCUCUAGUCUCUGGCCCUGUGUAUUAGUAGUGUCUCCAGUCUCUGUCCCUGUGUCUUAGUCGUGUCUCUAGUCUCUGGCCCUGUGUAUUAGUAGUGUCGCUAAUCUCUGUCCCGUGUGAUUAGUAGUGUCUCCAGUUUUCUGGCCCUGUGUAUUAGUAGUGUCUCUGGCCCUGUGUAUUAGUAGUGUAUCCAGUCUCUGGCCCUGUGUAUUAGUAUUGUCUCCAGUCUCUGGCCCUGUGUUUAGUAGUAGUGUCUCUGGCCCGUGUGUAUUAGUAGUGUCUCUGGCCCUGUUGUAUUAGUAGUGUCUCUGGCCCUGUGUAUUAGUAGUGUCUCUAAUCUCUGUCCCUGUGUAUUAGUAGUGUCUCCAGUUUCUGGCCCUGUGUAUUAGUAGUGUCUCUGGCCCUGUGUAUUAGUAGUGUCUCCAGUCUCUAGCCCUGUGUAUUAGUAGGUUCUCCAGUCUCUGGCCCUGUGUAUUAGUAGUGUCUCUGGCCCUGUGUAUUAGUAGUGUCUCUAGUCUCUGGCCCUGUGUAUUAGUAGUGUCUCCAGUCUCUGGCCCUGUGUAUUAGUAGUGUCUCUGGCCCUGUGUAUUAGUAGUGUCUCCAGUCUCUGGCCCUGUAUAUUAGUAGUGUCUCUAGUCUCUGGCCCUGUGUAUUAGUAGUGUCUCUGGCCUUGUGUAUUAGUAGUAUUUCCAGUCUCUGGCCCUUUGUAUUAGUAGUGUCUCUAGUCUCUGGCCCUGUGUAUUAGUAGUGUCCCUGGCCCUGUGUAUUAGUAGUGUCUCUGGCCCUGUGUAUUAGUAGUGUCUCUGGCCCUGUGUAUUAGUAGUGUCUCCAGUCUCUGGCCCUGUGUAUUAGUAGUGUCUCUAGUCUCUGGCCCUGUGUAUUAGUAGUGUCUCCAGUCUCUGGCCCUGUGUAUUAGUAGUGUCUCCAGUCUCUGGCCCUGUGUAUUAGUAGUGUCUCUAGUCUCUGGCCCUGUGUAUUAGUAGUGUCUCUGGCCCUGUGUAUUAGUAGUGUCUCUAGUCUCUGGCCCUGUGUAUUAGUAGUGUCUCUGGCCCUGUGUAUUAGUAGUGUCUCUAGUCUCUGGCUCUGUGUAUUAGUAGUGUCUCCAGUCUCUGGCCCUGUGUAUUAGUAGUGUCUCUGGCCCUGUGUAUUAGUAGUGUCUCCAGUCUCUGGCCCUGUGUAUUAGUAGUGUCUCUAGUCUCUGGCCCUGUGUAUUAGUAGUGUCUCUGGCCCUGUGUAUUAGUAGUGUCUCUAGUCUCUGGCCCUGUGUAUUAGUAGUGUCUCCAGUCUCUGGCCCUGUGUAUUAGUAGUGUCUCUGGCCCUGUUUAUUAGUAGUGUCUCCAGUCUCUGGCCCUGUGUAUUAGUAGUGUCUCCAGUCUCUGGCCCUGUGUAUUAGUAGUGUCUCUGGCCCUGUGUAUUUGUAGUGUCUCUGGCCCUGUGUAUUAGUAGUGUCUCUGGCACUGUUUAUUAGUAGUGUCUCCAGUCUCUGGCCCUGUGUAUUAGUAGUUUCUCUGGCCCUGUGUAUUAGUAGUGUCUCUAGUCUCUGGCCCUGUGUAUUAGUAGUGACUCUAGUCUCUGGCCCUGUGCAUUAGUGGUGUCUCUAGUCUCUGGCCCUGUGUAUUAGUAGUGUCUCUGGCCCUGUGUAUUAGUAGUGUCUCUGGCCCUGUGUAUUAGUAGUGUCUCUAGUCUCUGGCCCUGUGUAUUAGUAGUGUCCCUGGCCCUGUGUAUUAGUAGUGUCUCCAGUCUCUGGCCCUGUGUAUUAGUAGUGUCCCAUGUCCCUGUGUAUUAGUAGUGUCUCUGGCCCUGUGUAUUACUAGUUUCUCAAGUCUCUGGCCCUGUGUAUUAGUGGUGUCUCUAGUCUCUGGCCCUGUGUAUUAGUAGUGUAUCUAGUCUCUGGCCCUGUGUAUUAGUAGUGUCUCCAGUCUCUGGCCCUGUGUAUUAGUAGUGUCUCUAGUCUCUGGCCCUGUGUAUUAGUAGUGUCUCUGGCCCUGUGUAUUAGUAGUGUCUCUGGCCCUGUGUAUUGGUAGUGUCUCCAGUCUCUGGCCCUGUGUAUUAGUAGUGUCUCUGGCCCUUGUAUUUAGUAGUGUCUCUAGUCUCUGGCCCUGUGUAUUAGUAGUGACUCUAGUCUCUGGCCCUGUGUAUUUGUAGUGUCUCUAGUCUCUGGCCCUGUGUUUAGAAAGUGUCUCUGGCCCUGUGUAUUAGUAGUGUCUCUGGCCCUGUGUAUUAGUAGUGUCUCUGGCCCUGUGUAUUAGUAGUGUCUCCAGUCUCUGGCCCUGUAUAUUAGUAGUGUCUCUGGCCGUGUGUAUUAGUAGUGUCUCUAGUCUCUGGCCCUGUGUAUUAGUAGUGUCUCUAGUCUCUGGCCCUGUGUAUUAGUAGUGUCUCUAGUCUCUGGCCCUGUGUAUUAGUAGUGUCUCUGGCCGUGUUUUAUUAGUAGUGGUCUCUAGCCUCUGCCCUGUGUAUUAGUAGUGUCUCUAGUCUCUGGCCCUGUGUAUUAGAAAUGUCUCUGGCCGUGUGUAUUAGUAGUGUCUCUAGCCUCUGGCCCUGUGUAUUAGUAGUGUCUCCAGUCUCUGGCCCUGUGUAUUAGUAGUGUCUCUAGUGUCUGGCCCUGUGUAUUAGUAUGUCUCCAGUCUCUGGCCCUGUGUAUUAGUAGUUCUCUGGCCCUGUGUAUUAGUAGUGUCUCCAGUCUCUGGCCCUGUGUAUUAGUAGUGUCUCUGGCCCUGUGUAUUAGUAGUGUCUCCAGUCUCUGGCCCUGUGUAUUAGUAGUGUCUCUAGUCUCUGGCCCUGUGUAUUAGUAUUUGUCUCUGGCCCUGUGUAUUAGUAGUGUCUCCAGUCUCUGGCCCUUUUGUAUUAGUAGUGUCUCUAGUCUCUGGCCCUGUGUAUUAGUAGUGUAUCCAGUCUCUGGCCCUGUGUAUUAGUAGUGUCUCUAGUCUCUGGCCCUGUGUAUUAGUAUGUCUCUGGCCGUGUGUAUUAUUAGUGUCUCUAGUCUCUGGCCCUGUGUAUUAGUAGUGUCUCCAGUCUCUGGCCCUGUGUAUUAGUAGUGUCUCCAGUCUCUGGCCCUGUGUAUUAGUAGUGUCUCUGGCCCUGUGUAUUAGUAGUGUCUCCUGCCCUGUGUAUUAGUAGUGUCUCCAGUCUCUGGCCCUGUGUAUUAGUGGUGUCUCUAGUCUCUGGCCCUGUGUAUUAGUAGUGACUCUAGUCUCUGGCCCUGUGUAUUAGUAGUGUCUCUAGCCCUGUGUAUUAGUAGUGUCUCUAGUCUCUGGCCCUGUGUAUUAGUAGUGUCUCUAGUCUCUGGCCCUGUGUAUUAGUAGUGUCUCUGGCCCUGUGUAUUAGUAGUGUCUCUGGCCCUGUGUAUUAGUAGUGUCUCUGGCCCUGUGUAUUAGUAGUGUCUCUGGCCCUGUGUAUUAGUAGUGUCUCUGGCCCUGUGUAUUAGUAGUGUCUCUGGCCCUGUGUAUUAGUAGUGUCUCUGGCCGUGUGUAUUAGUAGUGUCUCUAGUCUCUGGCCCUGUGUAUUAGUAGUGUCUCCAGUCUCUGGCCCUGUGUAUUAGUAGUGUCUCCAGUCUCUGGCCCUGUGUAUUAGUAGUGUCUCCAGUCUCUGGCCCUGUGUAUUAGUAGUGUCUCCAGUCUCUGGCCCUGUGUAUUAGUAGUGUCUCCAGUCUCUGGCCCUGUGUAUUAGUAGUGUCUCUGGCCCUGUGUAUUAGUAGUGUCUCUAGCCUCUGGCCUGUGUAUUAGUAGGGUCUCCAGUCUCUGGCCCUGUGUAUUAGUAGUGUCUCCAGUCUCUGGCCCUGUGUAUUAGUAGUGUCUCCAGUCUCUGGCCCUGUGUAUUAGUAGUGUCUCCAGUCUCUGGCCCUGUGUAUUAGUAGUGUCUCUAGUCUCUGGCCCUGUGUAUUAGUAGUGUCUCCAGUCUCUGGCCCUGUGUAUUAGUAGUGUCUCCAGUCUCUGGCCCUGUGUAUUAGUAGUGUCUCCAGUCUCUGGCCCUGUGUAUUAGUAGUGUCUCUGGCCCUGUGUAUUAGUAGUGUCUCCAGUCUCUGGCCCUGUGUAUUAGUAGUGUCUCUAGUCUCUGGCCCUGUGUAUUAGUAGUGUCUCUAGUCUCUGGCCCUGUGUAUUAGUAGUGUCUCUAGUCUCUGGCCCUGUGUAUUAGUAGUGUCUCCAGUCUCUGGCCCUGUGUAUUAGUAGUGUCUCUGCCCUGUGUAUUAGUAGUGUCUCUGGCCCUGGGUAUUAGUAGUGUCUCCAGUCUCUGGCCCUGUGUAUUAGUAGUGUCUCUAGUCUCGGCCCUGUGUAUUAAUAGUGUCUCUAGUCUCUCUGGCCCUGUGUAUUAGUAGUGUCUCUAGUCUCUGGCCCUGUGUAUUAGUAGUGUCUCUAGUCCUCUGGCCCUGUGUAUUAGUAGUGUCUCCAGUCUCUGGCCCUGUGUAUUAGUAGUGUCUCCAGUCUCUGGCCCUGUGUAUUAUAGUGUCUCUAGUCUCUAGCCCUGUGUAUUAGUAGUGUCUCCAGUCUCGGGCCCCUGUGUAUUAGUAGUGUCUCCAGUCUCUGGCCCUGUUAUUAGUAGUGUCUCUGGCCCUGUGUAUUAGUAGUGUCUCGGCCCUGUGUAUUAGUAGUGUCUCCAGUCUCUGGCCCUGUGUAUUAGUAGUGUCUCUAGUUUUCUGGCCCUGUGUAUUAGUAGUGUCUCUAGUCUCUGGCCCUGUGUAUUAGUAGUGUCUCUAGUCUCUGGCCCUGUGUAUUAGUAGUGUCUCUAGUCUCUGGCCCUGUGUAUUAGUAGUGUCUCCAGUCUCUGGCCCUGUGUAUUAGUAGUGUCUCCAGUCUCUGGCCCUGUGUAUUAGUAGUGCCCUCUAGUCUCUAGCCCUGGGGUAUUAGUAGUGUCUCGGGCCCCCUGUGUAUUAGUAGUGUCUCUGGCCCUGUGUAUUAGUAGUGUCUCUGGCCCUGUGUAUUAGUAGUGUCUCUAGUCUCUGGCCCUGUGUAUUAGUAGUGUCUCCAGUCUCUGGCCCUGUGUAUUAGUAGUGUCUCCAGUCUCUGGCCCUGUGUAUUAGUAGUGUCUCUAGUCUCUCAUUCAUCUAUGAACAUAGUCAUGAUUCUCAUAUCCAUGUAGUUUUGGUUUCAACUCAAACAUAAGAUCUCUACAUUGCAGAAAGGUUUUAUCUCGUGUCUCGUGUUCUUUUCUCCCCCUAGAAGCUGAGAGCCGUAGUGAGCCAGCAGCUCCCUCAGGUAACCAAUGAAGAUGCUGGUGUUGUCCAGAGCAGUGCUGUGACCCACAUUGCAGCCCUGGCUCCAGCCUUGACCCCUUCCCCUGGUCCAGCCACAUCACCUGCCCCUCCCCCGGUCCCGCCUGAGGAACCCAGCCCCCAGCCCCUCCAGCAGCCUGCCACCUCCACCACUGAGACGCCUGUGAGUACAAUACCACAACUGGCCAUCAGAGGGGGCUAUGCUUACUUCGGCCAUUCCACAACUACAGUCAUUGAAGUACUUGUAUCAGUGUAUAGUAUUACCUUGACGAAUUCUACAUGAUUUCACUCUAUAUCAGUGGUUCCCAAACUGUGGGGCACAGGAACUCCUGCUCUAUGCAACCCUCUGUGAUUGAGGGUUUGUUUUUCCGUGAUGUUGUUGUCUGUUAAAGAGCUUUGAUAGUUUGGUUGUGAUGUUUGCUGCUCUUUCUGUUCCCUAUGGUGUCCAAGACGCCCCCUGCCCAGCACACCCCGAUCACAGGGGGCCGGCGGCGCAGAGCCACCAGCGAGGACCCGGACGAGAAGAGGCGCAAGUUCCUGGAACGCAACCGAGCAGCGGCGUCCCGCUGCAGACAGAAGAGGAAGGUCUGGUUGUCUUCACUGGAGAAGAAGGCUGAGGACCUCAACUCUAUGAACGGACAACUACAGGUAUACUCCCAGUCGGUAUUAGACAGAGGUGAGACCAAGUCACUAUUAUUAGAGUUUCAAUCAAGUCACAAGGUCCAAGUCUCGAGUCAAGUCCAAGUCGUGCAUUUAAAGAGCGAGUCGAGUCACACGUUUUUUCAAGUCAAGUCUCAAGUCUAGUAAAAAAAAUAAAAAUAAAGGAUACAUGCAACGACUUGUUCAACUACAGAUGUUUGUCUAUUUAUUGAGGCUACCAGACAGCCCUUUUCAUGAUUUAGUCUACAACACAUUUUGAUUAUGUAAUUGUAAAAUAUGGACCUUGUAGCAUUCAUAAGGGCAUGAAAUCAGCAGAAGUCAAGGCAGGUUGACGUGCUCAGAGUGUAGAUUUAUUUACAGGUCUUGGUGAUCUAAUGGUGAAAGAGCCAAAUCAUUCAUAAUAUAUAAGUAGAUUUACCAAAUAUACACGGGCAAUAGCCCAAAAGAAAUAUCCUCUGUAUCAGGCUUAACCUGUCCUAUCUGAACAGACACAGGUAGAGGGAAAGACUGCACAGCCUCCCCUUGAGAAACCAAAUGGAAUCUGUCAGGAGCUCGACAGGUACAUAUCAGCACUUGGCCCUUCCCAGGACCAAACAAUUACCCAAUUGGCAAUUACAACCAAUAAACUGGUUCUACAAUGUAAAAGGCAAUUUCAAAAUCCAUUGGUACAUUCGUCUUAAUCAGAUUUAACGAUUAUUAAUUAUAUUUCAUCACCAUUCAUAAAACAACAAUCAUUUUCUCUUAUUCAUGUACUGACUCCAAAGCGUGACGCGGAGGCCACGUAAUCUAUUUCUAUGCGCACUGAGUUGCCCGCGCUCCUAUUUCUCACAACCAGUAGCAACCCGCAUGCCCCGCCCACCUGAGGAUCUGUCUUUUUCAGCAAUCUAUUUCCUGUGUUUGAGGGGUGCAAAAUCCACUUGUCACUUAAAUCUCGCUUAAUUGAUUGCUUACAUUUUACUCCUGCAACUCUUUUAUACUCUUGCUUGUGCCUGUCGUUUUUUUUUCUCCCAUUAACGUUACGACCUCAGAAAUGUUUGUAAUGACCUGUCAAACACACCCCUGGUAAUGGCUGAAAUGGGCUCAAUGGAAUUCACUAGCUGUGUUCGAAUACCCAUACUAACAUACUGUAUACUACAUACUUAAUGAGUAUAUACUACAUACUAUAUACCAAUAGUUCGUUUUAGUAUACUGUAAACAAACAGUUUCCUUUCAAGUUGAGCCUACUAGAGCUUCGCCUGUCUACCGGAAGUUGAUGCUGUUGCUAUGCAACCUCUUGCUAGCUUGUUAGCAUAACAAAUUACUAGCUACACAUUUUACGACUUCGGGUGUGUUUCGUAAAUUCAAUCUGGAGUGGCAGAGUGCGCUCUGGUCGUUCGUAAAAUUAGAGCAUUGUCCGUUCGUAAAAUUCAGUGUUUCGCUCUCGGGCGCGUUCAGAGUGCACACUGGACGCUCUGGCCGAGGAGUAGGGUUGACCCAAGCGUUCUGACCUUACAACAGCAGUCAAGCACCCAAGCUAACUGGCUAACUUGUUAGCUACUUCCUCACUAUGACCAUUUAACUCACCCUAGCAGAGCUGGUUAGGCUGUUUUCAUGUUAUCCAGAGCGUUGGUGACUAACUGUGCUUCUGGCAACAAUUUAAUUACGAUUUUCUGCCGACGUUUUAGUGACACCGGUCAUAUUCAACGGGUGUUGAGUGUUCGUAAAUUAUUCUGCGCUCUGGUACACUCAGACGAGAGUGCUCUGAAAUCGGAGUAGAUAGAAUGAGCGAAUUUACGAAAGCACCCGAAUGUCCAUUGAGAAUGCACAACGACUAUACCACUUAGCUAAGCUAAGAAUGACGGGAAUAAUCAAGUCAAUAAAUGUUGGAUAGUUAGUUAGAUAGCAUAUAGUUAAUAUACUGGCAAGUUCGAUGUAUUAGUAGCCAACUAACAACGUUACUUAGAUUGCUAGCUAACACACCGGUACAUACUGCUGUAAUGAUAUGCUAUGCGGUUCGUAAGGAUAGCGUAGCUAACAAAUUGUCAGCCAACAUGACGUGUAACGUAACUUAUUUGAAAAGUCAUUACUUUACUACAUCGCUCAACAUUUUCUUAACAUUUGUCAUAAUUAAAGCAAUUAAUUUGUAUCCGUUCUCGUCGGACUUCGGCUGCAUAUUUUCAACCAUUUUCUUCAAAUCGGAAAAUGUUGUGAAGCCACACCCAUUUUUGGAAGAAUUGCCUUAUGGGCCCUAAAAGCACGGAAAUAUUGUCCACUGCUUGUAUACUUCGUAUUUUGGCGAAUGUAGUACGACAUCCGGGAACUUUUGGCAUACUAACUAUAUUCAUACUAUGACCAAUAAGCAUACUACAUACUCAAUUUACGUCACAAAUAGUGCCGUUAGUAUGAGUAUUCGACAGUCGUGAAGAGGGCACGACAAAACCUAAGGAGACUGAAAGGAGACUGAAAAGAUUUGGCUUGGGUCCUCAGAUCCUCAAAAGGUUCUACAGCUGCACCAUCGAGAGCAUCCUGACUGGUUGCAUCACUGCCUGGUAUGGCAACUGCUCGGCCUCCGACCGCAAGGCACUACAGAGAGUAAUGCGUACGGCCCAGUACAUCACUGGGGCCAAGCUUCCUGCCAUCCAGGACCUCUAUACCAGGCGGUGUCAGAGGAAGGCCCUAAAAAUGGUCAAAGACUCCAGCCACCCUAGUCAUAGACUGUUCUCUCUGCUACCCCUCUUUUACGCUACUGCUACUCUCUGUUUAUUAUCUAUGCAUAGUCACUUUAAUAACUCUACCUACAUGGGCAUAUUACCCCAAUUACCUCGACUAACCGGUGCCCCCGCACAUUGACUCGGUACCGGUACCCCCUGUAUAUAGCCUCGCUAUUGUUAUUUUUACUGCUGCUCUUUAAUUAUUUGUUACUUUUAUUUCGUAUUAUUUUAUAUUGUAUUUUGUUGUGAUUUCUUGUGGUAUUCUUUCUUAAAACUGCAUUGUUGGUUAAGGGCUUGUAAGUAAGCAUUUCACUGUAAGGUCUACACCUGUUGUAUUCGGCGUAUGUGACAAAUAGAAUUUGAUUUGAUUUGAACACAGCUAUUGUCUUUCCGUUUUAUCUACAAGAACGGUAAAGUAACGGUAACGGCGUCUGAUUUAACGCAUCGCAAGAAAGAUAAUAAAUACUUUAUUUUAAUGGGUGUCAUUUUUUUGGGGUGGAAUUUUAAAAAGUAAUAAUUGAAUACAGUUGAAAUGUUUGCAAAUUAGUUGCACUGAAAUGAAAGCAACUUCCGAAAAUUAACACUGGGAUUAUAGUGAUAUUAUUUCUGAUCUCGCAAACAAUGUAAAAUAUGUUUAGAUAGGUGUAAUCUAGAGCCAAGCGUGUUGGUUUUUAAUCAGAGGGUAUCCUGCUAUUGAUACACUUGUUGAAUUAUGCAACAGAACGUGACAACAGUAAUUAAUGAGGCAGUCUAGACAGUGCAGGUGAGUGCAGGUAGGCCUAGACAGAGUAUGUUUUUGUAGCACAUAUGCAAAUACAUUCACACAAAUGAAGCACAUAUAAUUUCCUUUAUUUUUACACAGAAUAUGAAGGAAAUACCUGAUUACAUUAGAAAAUGUAUAUGAGUGCAUUCUAAGAAAAUAAGUUACAUUUUACAAUAGAUUGUAUACCUGAAUUCCCACCAAAAUCCUUGAACGGCAUUAAUUAUUUGUCCGUGCCAGGAAAAUGUAUUCUGUGCUGUAAUUCAGUCUCCACUGCCUUUGGUGCCUCUGGUGCCUCUUCGCCACAGUAAUAAUACAUUUUAACAACAAAUUCCAAAUGCUUCAUCAGUAAAUUAUCAAUUUCAAGCAAUUGUUACAUACUAAAAGAGCAGUAUGCUAGUAAUUGAUGCCCCAUUGCUGGUGAGCUUACAAAGUAAACAGUUAAUAUUCUUGAACACCAAACAAUUUUUUGGAGAUGCAUAUUUAUUUGUGUCAAUCCACUCUCCCUGCAAUUUGACGUUUGCGCUGCAUCCGAUCCAAUAGCUGUACGGCAAAUCAGCAGUCUGUUCGCUAGCGAACCCCACCCUGUGUUGAUUUGACAGUUUUCUGGUCCAAUCAGAGGGCCGAGUGUGUGUUUUCAUUAGCCAAUCUGUUGCAUGUUUUCUUUUGCAAGGGCGAUGCUGCGACUAUCGUCUCUGGCUGCGUGGAGAGUAACCCACAGAGAGACUGUGCCACAAAAUUAGUGACUAAACCUUACAAAACCUGACCAGGUCAUUUCAAGUCAUCAGUCUCAAGUCAAAAGCCAAGUUCCAAGUUGUUUUUAUUUUCUAUCAUGUCGAGUCUCAAUUCAUCAACUUUGUGGGCUGGAGUCAGACUCAAGCAAUAAUGUCCAUCUGCAGACUGCGGUAACUACAUGCCGUGCACACUGCCAUUUGAUGCUCUGGCCCACACUCCAGCACAGUAGGUGGCGGUAAUGCACCAACGUUGGAUGCCAACCGCCGAAAAAAACGCCAAUGAAGGAGGCUGCUAGCUAGCUAGGGGACACCGGUACACAGUGUCCUUUGCCCCCACCUGCCGAGCGCUGCUUUCCUGCAGUUCUGUUAACGUUACGGUGAGGGAAUUACAGUGUCUUCAGAAAGUUUUCAAUCACACCCCUUGACUUUUUCAAAAUGUUGUUGUGUUUACAUUUACAUUUACGUCAUUUAGCAGACGCUCUUAUCCAGAGCGACUUACAGUUAGUGAAUAAUUUUUUUUAUUUUUAUUUUUAUUUUUUUUAUACUGGCCCCCCCGUGGGUUACAGCCUGAAUUUAAAAUUUUACAUUUACAUUUGAGUAAUUUAGCAGACGCUCUUAUCCAGAGCGACUUACAGUUAGUGCAUACAUUUUCAUACUGGCCCCCCUGUUGCAAGCGCCAUGCUCUACCAACUGAGCUACAGGGGACUGCCCCUAAAAUGGAUUCAAUUGAGAUUUUUGGUCACUGGCCUACACACAAUACCCCAUAAUAAGUUGAAUUAUGUUUUUACAAAUUAAUAAAAAAUGAAAAGCUGACAUGUCUUGAGUCAAUGGGUGUUCAACCCCUUUGUUAUAGCAAGCCUAAAUAAGUUCAGGAGUAAAAAUGUGCUUAACAAUUCACAUAAUAAGUUGCAUGGACUUACUCUGUGUGCAAUGAUAGUGUUUAACAUGAUUGUUGAAUGACUACUCUGUACCCCACACAUACAAUUAUCCCUAAGGUCCCUCAGUUGAGCAGGGAAUUUCAAACACAGAUUCAACAACAAGACCAGGGAGGUUUUGAAUUUCCCUUUGAGCAUGGUGAAGUUAUUAAUUACACUUUUGUAUAUAUUCUUUUUAAAUAAUUUUAUUUUACAAUUUAGUACAAAACAAAAACACACAACAAAAUAACAAAAAACUGCUGCCAGACAUAUGAAAUGAAGUAUUGCUUAAGCAAGACAUGGGACAAGAAUAGAGCAACAAUGAACAGGUACAACAACAAUAAGCGUUCCUAGUCAGUGUCCCAAAGGUCCAGAAAUUGACCCUAAAUCUUGAGAAAUCUGCUGGAGGAGUUAGUCCUGAAAAAAACAAGUAUUUUCAAAGUUAAUGGUGUUAAUCAUUUCAGUUUGCCAUCUACGGAAGCAAGGGGGGGUGGGUGACUUCCAUUCUGGAUAAUGUUUUUUUGCAGCCACCAUUCCAAACACCAUAGCCGGUUGUUCCUCAUAGGACGAUCUUAGAGCAGACUCUGAGCAGCCAAAGAGAGCGAGUUCUGGGUCAGGUUCAAUGGCCCUCUCAUGUACCUUUUGAGGACCAAUCAAAGAUGUUCCUCCAGGCAUCCCGAGUGGCGCAGCAGUCUAAGGCACUGCGGUGCUUGAGGCGUCACUACAGAUCCAAAAAACUACCAAUGGGAUAUCACGAAAAAGGGGUAAAAAGUACCCAAAUAAAAUAAUACAUGUGAUCUUUUGAAACAGGUCCUAUAGGCUACGCCAGAUUUAGAGGUAUUUGCCACUUUAGUUGUGAAUAAUGCAAAGCUUAUAAUGUCUUAGAAAUCAAAACCUAUCUGGGCUGCAUGGUGAUAUCUGGGCUGCAUGGUGAUAUAUGGGCUGCAUGGUGAUAUCUGGGCUGCAUGGUGAUAUCUGGGCUGCAUGGUGAUAUCUGGGCUGCAUGGUGAUAUCUGGGCUGCAUGAUGAUAUCUGGGCUGCAUGACGCCACUAUAUGGGCUGCAUGGUGAUAUAUGGGCUGCAUGGUGAUAUCUGGGCUGCAUGAUGAUAUCUGGGCUGCAUGACGCCACUAUAUGGGCUGCAUGGUGAUAUAUGGGCUGCAUGGUGAUAUCUGGGCUGCAUGGUGAUAUCUGGGCUGCAUGGUGAUAUCUGGGCUGCAUGAUGAUAUCUGGGCUGCAUGGUGAUAUCUGGGCUGCAUGGUGAUAUCUGGGCUGCAUGGUGAUAUCUGGGCUGCAUGACGCCACUAUAUGGGCUGCAUGACGCCACUAUAUGGGCUGCAUGGUGAUAUCUGGGCUGCAUGGUGAUAUCUGGGCUGCAUGGUGAUUUCUGGGCUGCAUGGUGAUAUCUGGGCUGCAUGGUGAUAUCUGGGCUGCAUGGUGAUAUAUGGGCUGCAUGAUGAUAUCUGGGCUGCAUGACGCCACUAUAUGGGCUGCAUGACGCCACUAUAUGGGCUGCAUGGUGAUAUCUGGGCUGCAUGGUGAUAUCUGGGCUGCAUGGUGAUAUCUGGGCUGCAUGGUGAUAUCUGGGCUGCAUGGUGAUAUAUGGGCUGCAUGGUGAUAUCUGGGCUGCAUGACGCCACUAUAUGGGCUGCAUGACGCCACUAUAUGGGCUGCAUGGUGAUAUCUGGGCUGCAUGGUGAUUUCUGGGCUGCAUGGUGAUUUCUGGGCUGCAUGGUGAUAUCUGGGCUGCAUGGUGAUAUCUGGGCUGCAUGGUGAUAUAUGGGCUGCAUGAUGAUAUCUGGGCUGCAUGACGCCACUAUAUGGGCUGCAUGACGCCACUAUAUGGGCUGCAUGGUGAUAUCUGGGCUGCAUGGUGAUAUCUGGGCUGCAUGGUGAUAUCUGGGCUGCAUGGUGAUAUCUGGGCUGCAUGGUGAUAUAUGGGCUGCAUGGUGAUAUCUGGGCUGCAUGAUGCCACUAUGGGCUAUUGAUGGUUUGAGAAAGUAGCAACAAAAAAAAGCUUGCGCUUUGUUCCUUGCCUCAGGCUGCACACAUCUCAUCAAGUGAUCAUAUUAUCACCCAUCAGACUGUUCUCAAUUUAAUAUUGUCUUUACUAAUACUGUAUGUUAAAAUUGUUAAGAUUUAGAAUGGCCCAUUAUCAAAUGGGCAGGAACAGGGCCAGGGGGAAAAAACAGGUACAAAUAAAAACAUAUAAAAACACACAGGCCAAAUAAAAACAUAUUAUUUUUUUUUAAACACGUCAUCCACCUAUGCACUCCAAUAGCGAAUGGAAGCCGCUUUCCCUCCUGUUGUUCGUUCGGGUAGGCUACUCUCUCUGGUUAUUUCACUCCACACAUCAACCACUGUUUGAGGAGCAUGCAGCCUCUCCGCGACAGGUGAUAUUCCGACCAAACUCUGUAUGCCAUGGGCUCUCCAAACCUGUUCCUGCAGCUACCCAGUGGUUAAUUUGGGAAACCAUGUGAAAUCUGUUCGGAAACAUCAAAAGUAACACGUUUUCACAACAAAACAUAUUUAAUUAAACUGUUGACAUCUCCUCUCCCUGUAAAGUGUUGACAGCUCCUCUCCCUGUAAAGUGUUGACAGCUCCUCUCCCUGUAAAGUGUUGACAGCUCCUCUCCCUGUAAAGUGUUGACAGCUCCUCUCCCUGUAAAGUGUUGACAGCUCCUCUCCCUGUAAAGUGUUGACAGCUAAUCUCCCUGUAAAGUGUUGACAGCUCCUCUCCCUGUAAAGUGUUGACAGCUAAUCUCCCUGUAAAGUGUUGACAGCUAAUCUCCCUGUAAAGUGUUGACAGCUCCUCUCCCUGUAAAGUGUUGACAGCUAAUCUCCCUGUAAAGUGUUGACAGCUUCAUUCUCUGCUUGAGAAAGUAAUGAAGGAGAGAGGGGAGGAGAAACGCACAUUGGUAGCUAAAGGUAGCAUAUUGUUAUUAAUUGAAUUACAUUUAAAAAUGAAUUAUUAAAUUAUAAAAAAAUGCAAAAAUACAAAUUCACUAUAACUCUGUAAGCCAUACUGCACAAUCAAUGGACCAACAGCAUCACCUAGGGAUGGCUAUACCUAAGCCCAUACUUUCUCUCCCAGACUCAGGAAUAUAAACUUUGGAGUGUAGCAUAAGAGAACCAGUCCAUCCAGUAUGCAUAAUAAUACAGUCCACACUCAAAGGUAAUUACUAGAAUUUGUUUAAUUUUGGAAAAUAGGCUAGACCAAUUAAGAUCCGUUUUUUGUAUGUUUUUUUCUGUGGUGCGUAAUAUGCGGUAGCAUAUGUAUUUAAAUAAAAUUAAAUUGUAUUUGUCACAUGUCCUUAACCAACAAUGCAGUUCAAGAAAUAGAGUUAAGAAAAUAUUUACUAAAUAAACUAAAGUAAAAAAUUAAAUUAAAAAUUAACACAAUAAAAUAACUAUAACGAGGCUAUAUCCCAGUCCGGGUUUGGCCGGGGUAGGCCGUCAUUGUAAAUAAGAGUGUGUUCUAAACUGACUUGCCUAGUUAAAUAAAGGUUAAAUAAAAUAAAUAUAUAUAUAUAUACAGGGGGUACCGGUACCAAGUCAAUGUGCGGGGUUACAGGUUAGUCCAGGUCAUUUGUACAUGUACAGUGUCUUGAGAAAGUUUUCACCCCCCUUGGCAUUUUUCCUGUUUUGUUGCCUUACAACCUGGAAUUAAAAUAGAUUUUUUGGGGGGGUUUGUAUCAUUUGAUUUACACAACAUGCCUACCACUUUGAAGAUGCAAAAUAUUUUUUAUUGUGAAACAAACAAGAAAUAAGACAAAAAAACAGAAAACUUGAUCGUGCAUAACUAUUCACCCCCCCAAAGUCAAUACUUUGUAGAGCCACCUUCUGCAACAAUUACAGCUGCAAGUCUCUUGGGGUAUGUCUCUAUAAGCUUGGCACAUCUAGCCACUGGGAUUUUUGCCCAUCCUUCAAGGCAAAACUGCUCCAGCUCCUUCAAGCUGGGUGGGUUCCGCUGGUGUACAGCAAUCUUUAAAUCAUACCACAGAUUCUCAAUUGGAUUGAGGUCUGGGCUUUGACUAGGCCAUUCCAAGACAUUUAAAUGUUUCCCCUUAAGCCACUUGAGUGUUGCUUUAGCAGUAUGCUUAGGGUCAUUAUCCUGCUGGAAUGUGAACCUCCGUCCCAGUCUCAAAUCUCUGGAAGACUGAAACAGGUUUCCCUCAAGAAUUUCCCUGUAUUUAGCGCCAUCCAUCAUUCCUUCAAUUCUGACCAGUUUCCCAGUCCCUGCUGAUGAAAAACAUCCCCACAGCAUGAUGCUGCCACCACCAUGCUUCACUCUGGGGAUUGUGUUCUCGGGGUGAUGAUAGGUGUUGGGUUUGCGCCAGACAUAGCGUUUUCCUUGAUGGCCAAAAAGCUCAAUUUUAGUCUCAUCUGACCAGAGUACCUUCUUCCAUAUGUUUGGGGAGUCUCCCACAUGGCUUUUGGCGAACACCAAACGUGUUUGCUUAUUUCUUUAAGCAAUGGCUUUUUUCUGGCCACUCUUCCGUAAAGCCCAGCUCUGUGGAGUGUACCGCUUAAAGUGGUCCUAUGGAUAGAUACUCCAAUCUCCACUGUGGAGCUUUGCAGCUCCUUCAGGGUUAUCUUUGGUCUCUUUGUUGCCUCUGAUUAAUGCCCUCCUUGCCUGGUCCGUGAGUUUUGGUGGGCGGCCCUCUCUUGGCAGGUUUGUUGUGGUGCCAUAUUCUUUCAAUUUUUAAAUAAUGGAUUUAAUGGUGGUCCGUAGGAUGUUCAAAGUUUCUGAUAUUUUUUUGUAACCCAACCCUGAUCUGUACUUCUCCACAACUUUGUCCCUGACCUGUUUGGAGAGCUCCUUGGUCUUCAUGGUGCCGCUUGCUUGGUGGUCCCCUUUGCUUAGUGGUGUUGCAGACUCUGGGGCCUUUCAGAACUUCACCCCCUUUGCUUCAUAGCAAAGGGGGUGAAUACAUAUGCACGCACCACUUUUCCGUUAUUUAUUUGUUAGUAUUUUUUGAAACAAGUUAUUUUUUUUUAAAUUUCACUUCACCAAUUUGAACUAUUUUGUGUAUGUCCAUUACAUGAAAUCCAGGAUAGCAGGAGGAUAACAUUAUUGUCAGAUUUGCCAAAUGGAGGGCGAGGGAGAGCUUUGUACGUGUCUCUGUGUGUGAAGUAAAGGUGGUCUAGAGUUUUUUUCCCUCUGGUUGCACAUGUGACAUGCUGGUAGAAAUUAGAUAAAACGGAUUUAAGUUUGCCUGCAUUAAAGUCCCCGGCCACUAGGAGCGCCGCCUCUGGAUGAGCAGUGUGAUCUACAGCUUAUCAUGAGGUACUCUAGGCCAAUGGAUGGUAGAGGCGGGGAUUGUAUAAUCAUUAUUUUAAUUAUGUUUUUCUUUGGGCUUGGGCUCAUAUAUGCUUAUGUAUAAACUCUAAUAUGCAUAUGGUUGUUUUUUAAUUAAUCAUCACCUCAGAAAGCCUGUCCGUUUCCUUGUUAGGCUUUGAAACAACAUCCAAAGCUACCAUGUUUUCCACUCAGUUUCAACCUGCUGUUGAACUUAUUUUUUCAGAUUGAUCAAUCACAGUGAGGUGAGUUUUAAAAGCACAAUACUGUUUUGAUGAUAAGUGUUUGAUGUGAUUUUCGAUUGCAUUGAUGUCAGAGUGGUUAGAAGGACAAUAGAGCCCUGAGUACCGACCUGAUGGCCAUUAGCGAGUUGGAAACUGCCAACGGAUAAAAGGAGAUUACCGUGACUCAACGGUCAAGUGGAAUUUUACUGCGGUCAUGACUCAUGACUGCCGGUGUGGCGGUAAUACGGUCACCGCAACAGCCCUAGUAACAACAGCCCUAGUAACAACAGCCCUACAUAGGUAUGCUUGUAAUCAUUAAGGACUGGGGAGUUUUUCAGGAUAACAAAGAAACAGAAUGGACACAAGCACAGGCAAAAUCCUAGAGGAAAACCUGGUUCAGUCUGCUUUCCACCAGACAAUGGUAGAUGAAUUCACCUUUCAGCAGGACAAUGACCUAAAACACAAGGCCAAAUCUACACCGGAGCUGCUUACCAAGAAGACAGUGAUUGUUCCUGAGUGGCCGAGUUAAGAGUUUUGACUUUAAUCUACUUGAAAUCUAUGGCAAGACCUGAAAAUGGUUGUCUAGCAAUGAUCAACAACCAAUUUGACAGAGCUUGAAUACAUGUUUUUAUAGCUGCCAAAGGUGCUUCUACAAAGUAUUGACUCAAGGCUGUGAAUACUUAUGUAAAUUAAUUAUGUCUGUACUUAACUUUCAAUUUAUUUGCUAAAAUUUCUAAAAACAUAUUUUCACUUUGUCAUUAUGGGUAAUUGUGUGUAGAUGGGUGAGAUUUAAACAUAUAUAUUUUAUCCAUUUUAAAUUCAGGCUGUAACACAACAAAAUGUGGAAUAAGUCAAGGGGUAUGAAUACUUUCUGAAGGCAACUGUCCCACUAUUUCCCCCUCUCCCUGAAUAGCCUGAAGCCACAGAGAUCUACUCACUGCGUACAAACUGGAUCUGGAUUUUUGACCCGGUUUGAUGUACAUUGUAAAACACAGCAGCUUUUCAGCAUAGAUUUCGGUUUCUGUAUAAUAAAAAAUCAACAGAGAAGUUGGCUCUUUUUUAAUGGGGGUCAAUGGGGAAGAUGGAUUGUUUUCCCCCAAGGUGGGCGUGGUCUAGGGGAAUUCCUUCUUAUGACUUGAAUAUUGACUGGGAGUACAUGUACCUCACCGCUAACCCUCCAUAACCCUCCAUAUAGUUACUGAGUAUAUACAGAAUGUACCUUACAUUUACAUUUUAGUCAUUUAGCAGACACUCUUAUCCAGAGCGACUUACAGUUAGUGAAUACAUCUUUUUUUUAUACUGGCCCCCCGUGGGAAUCAAACCCACAACCCUGGCGUUGCAAAUGCCAUGCUCUAUCAACUGAGCUACAUCCCUGACCUCUAACCCUUCAUAACCCUCAAUAUAUACUGAACAAAAAUAUAAACGCAACGAUUUCAACGAUGUUACUGAGUUACAGUUCAUAUAACCAAAUCCGUCUAUUGAAAUAAAUUCAUUAGGCCCUAAUCUAUGGAUUUCACAUGACUGGCAAUACAGAUAUGCAUCAGAAAACGAGUCAGUAUCAGGCGUGACCACCAUUUGCUUCAUGCAGCGUGACACAUCUCCUUGGCAUAAAGUUAAUCAGGCUGUUGAUUGUGGCCUGUGGAAUGUUCUCCCACUCCUCUUCAGUGGCUGCGGGAAUUGGAACACGCUGUCGUACACGUCGAUCCAGAGCAUCCCAAACAUGCUCAAUGGGUGAUGUCUGGUGAGUAUGCAGGCCAUGGAAGAACUGGGACAUUUUCAGCUUCCAGGAAUUGUGUUGCUGAAACAUGAGGUGAUGGCUGCGGAUGAAUGGCAAGACAAAGGACCUCAGGAUCUCAUCACGGUAUCUCUGUGCGUUCAAAUUGCCAUCGAUAAAAUGCAACUGUCCGUAGCUUAUGCCUGCCCAUACCAUAACCCCACCGCCACCAUGGGUUACUCUGUUCACAGCGUUGACAUCAGCAAACCACUCGCCCACACGACGCCAUACACGCUGUCCACCAUCUACUCGGUACAGUUGAAACCGUGAAGAGCACAGUUCUCCAGCGUGCCAGUGGCCAUCGAAGGUGAGCAUUUGUCCAUUGAAGUCGGUUACGACGCCGAACUGCAGUCAGGUCAAGACCCCUGUGAGGACAACGAGCAUGCAGAUGAGCUUCUCUGAGACGGUUUCUGACAGUUUGUCCAGACCUUCUUCAGUUGUGCAAACCCACAGUUUCAAUAGCUGCCCGUGUGGCUGAUCUCAGACAAUCCCGCAGGUGAAGAAGCCGGAGGUGGAGGUCCUGGGCUGGCGUGGUUACACAUGGUCUGCGGUUGUGAGGCCGGUUGGACGUACUGCCAAAUUCUCUAAAAUGAUGUUGGACGCGGCUUAUGGUAGAGAAAUUAACAUUACAUUUUCUGGCAACAACUCUGGUGUACAUUCCUGCAGUCAGCAUGCCAAUUGCAAACUGCCUCAAAACUUGAGACAUCUGUGGCAUUGUGUUGUGUGACAAAACUGCACAUUUUAGAGUGGCCUUUUAUUGUCCCCAGCACAAGGUGCACUUGUGUAAUGAUCAUGCUGUUUAAUCAGCUUCUUGAUAUGUCACACCUGUCAGGUGGAUGGAUUAUCUUGGCAAAGGAGAAAUGCUCACUAACAGGGAUGUAAACAAAUUUGAGAGAAAUAAGCUUUUUGUGCUUAUGGAACAUUUCUGGGAUCUUUUAUUUCAGCUCAUGAAACAUGGGACCAACACUUUACAUGUUGCAUUUAUAUUUUUGUUCAGUGUUAUGUUGUUGUAUAGUGGUAUUAAACACUUUGUAUUGUAGGUAUCAGUGGUGUAAAGACUUUAAGUAAAAAUACUUUAAAGUACUACUUAAGUAUUUUUUUUGGUAUCUGUACUUUACUAUUCAUAUUUUUCACAACUUUUACUUUUACUUCACUACAUUCCUGAUGAUAAUGGUGUACAUUUUACUCCAUACAUUUUCCCUGACACCCAAAAGUACUCGUUACAUUUUAAAUGCUUAGCAGGACAGGAAAAUUGUUUAAGUCACACACUUAUCAAGAGAACAUCCCUGGUCAUCGCUACUGCCUCUGAUCUGGCGAACUCACUAAACACAUGCUUCAUUUGUAAAUUAUGUCUGAGAGUUGGAGCGUGCCCCUGGCUAUCCGUAAAUAAAUAGAAAACUAGAAAAUGUGGCCAUCUGCUUUGCUUAAUAUAAGGAAUUUGAAAUGAUUUAUACUUGUACUUUUACUUUUGAUACUUAAGUAUAUUUUAUCAAUACAUUUACUUUUACUACAUAAGUAUAUUUAAAACUAAAUACUUUUAGACUUUUACUCAAGUGGUAUUCUACUGGGUGACUUUCACUUUUACUUGAGUCAUUUUCUAUUAAGGUAUCUUUACUUCUACUCAAGUAUGACAAUUGGGUACUUUUUCCACCACUGGUAGAUAUGUAGUGGUGUAAUAAUGUUAUAUGACGUACCAUUUUAUUUAUAAUGUUUUGUGUGAUGUAAGUGUCUUAAUGUGUUUGGACCCUAAGAAGAGUAGCUGCUGCCUUGGCAGAACUGAUGGGGAUCUCUAAUAAAAACAAAUACCUGCACUGGAGGGCUGAUGUUCUAAACUAAAGUAUUCAGACCCUUUACUCGGUACUUUGUUGAAGUACCUUUGGCAGCGAUUACAGCCUCGAGUCUUCUUGGGUAUGACGCUACAAGCUUGGCACACCUGUAUUUGGGGAGUUUCUCCCAUUCUUCUCUGCAGAUCCUCUCAAGCUCUGUCAGGUUGGAUGGGGAGCGUCGCUGCAUUUUCAGGUCUCUCCAGAGAUGUUUGAUCGGGUUCAAGUCCAGGCUCUGGCUGGGCCAAUCAAGGACAUUCAGAGACUUGUCCUGAAGCCAGUCCUGCGUUGUCUUGGCUGUGUGCUUUGGGUCAUUGUCCUGUUGGAAGGUGAAACUUUGCCCCAGUCUAAGGUCCUGAGUGCUCUGGAGCAGGUUUUCAUCAAGGAUGUCUCUGUACUUUUCUCUGUUCAUCUUUCCUUCGAUCCUAACUAGUCUCCCAGUCCCUGCCACUGAAAAACAUCCCCACAGCAUGAUGCUGCCACCACCAUGCUUCACCGUAGGAAUGGUGCCAGGUUUCCUCAAAACGUGAUGCUUGGCAUUCAGGCCAAAGAGUUCAACCUUGGUUUCAUCAGACCAGAGAAUCUUGUUUCUCAUGGUCUGAAAGUCCUUUAGGUGCCUUUUGGCAAACUCCAAGCGGGCUGUCAUGUGCCUUUUACUGAGGAGUGGCUUCCGUCUGGCCACUCUACCAUAAAGGCCUAAUUGGUGGAGUGCUGCAGAGAUGGUUGUCCUUCUGGAAGGUUCUCCCAUCUCCACAGAGGAACUCUGGAGCUCUGUCAGAGUGACCAUCGGGUUCUUGGUCACCUCCCUGACCAAGGCCCUUCUCCCCUGAUCGCUCAGUUUGGCCGGGCGGCCAGCUCUAGGAAGAGUCUUGGUGGUUCUAAACUUCUUCCAUUUAAGAAUGAUGGAGGCCACUGUGUUCUUGGGGACCUUCAAUGCUGCAGACAUUUUUUGGUGCCCUUCCCCAGAUCUGUGCCUCGACACAAUCCUGUCUCGGAGCUCUACGGACAAUUCCUUCGACCUCAUGGCUUGGUUUUUGCUCUGACAUGCACUGUCAACUGUGGGAACUUAUAUAGACAGGUGUGUGCCUUUCCAAAUCAUGUCCGAUCAAUUGAAUUUACCACAAGUGGACUCCAAUCAAGUUGUAGAAACAUCUCAAGGAUGAUCAAUGGAAACAGGAUGCACCUGAGCUCAAUUUCUAGUCUCGUAGCAAAGGGUCGGAAUACUUAUGUAGAUAAGGUAUUUCAGUUUUUUAUUUGUAAUACAUUUGCAAAAAAUUCAAAAAACCUGUUUUCGGUUUGUCAUUAUGGGGUAUUGUGUGUAGAUUGAUGAGGAAAAAAAAACUAUUUUAUCAAUUUUAGAAUAAGGGUGUAACGUAACAAAAUGUGGAAAAAGUCAAGGGGUCUGAAUACUUUCCUAAUGCACUGUAUGUCUGUAUGAGGGUGUUCGGCAGUCAGGUCUCCAAAGUGGCCAUUUUAUUGAUUGUGUGUUGUCUGUUUCCCUCUGGCAGAAUGAAGUCACCCUGCUGAGAAAUGAAGUGGCUCAGCUGAAGCAUCUUCUUCUGGCUCAUAAAGAUUGCCCUGUAACCGCCAUGCAGAAGAAAUCAGCCUAUCACAGUGAGUAAUGUUCCAUUUCCCUCACCACGGGGCCGCCCCACGAAAUACAUCCAAAACGAGCCCUGCUAACCGCUCGCCAGAGGGACACGUCUCGCUCAUCGCCUAGCCCAACACUUCCAGAGCAAGGGACACAUUAGACCGUUCUCCCUUUGACAAACUUCUGAGAAGUUGAGCUAUUCAUAUGCCUUUUUGUAUCCAGGUGUUUUGAGGUGUCAUUUCAAGUCAUAAUGUUUUUAAAUGUGGUUUACCUUCACCAUUAUGGAAGCCUACAUGCAGAGGAAAGGCAUCGAAAAGAUACACAUUAAAGCUCCAAGCUUUACGUUUUUAUUCUUUUAAUGAUGCCUUUUUUGAAAUGUGCAAAUCUGUGCAUCGUGUCUGCCAUAUGCAGCCUCUUCAUUUCAAUUCGCUGUUGUCGGUAGAACGGGCUGCUGGGAUGCAAUGGUUGACUCGCUUUGCCCAGCAGUGGCUGUUCCUCAGGUGCUUGUUUUAAAACGUAAUGGCUGCCAGGUUUCACCCAGUCACUCCGGCACUUCAUUAAGAACAGGCUAAUACUUUUUCAUUUCCACCAUUUCAGCCCCAUUUGCCUCUCCGUAUUUUAGAAUCUAGAUUUUUGUCAGUUCAGCUUUGAGCUCAUACCUCACCAUCUCUCUUAAAUAUGCAGAACGUGUACACAGAGCCACGUCUCAGCAGUGCUCAGGAGUCUGCCGCUGACUUGUGUUGACAAUGAUUGCCUCCAAAAAAUGAGUCCAUUAUAGCUGAGAGGAGAGCUUGACAAGACCGUGGAGCUUUCUCAAUGAGAGGUGCCGCAGCCACGAGGUCCACUGUUCAUUAUACAUUCCUGUUGUUAACCAUAGCUGACACGCCUCAUGCUUAUUAUGAGACUAAUGGCUGAAUGGCUCCCAGGCUGUAUUGACCUGUCACAGACAGGGAUCAUUUGGUUGUCUGGAUUGUUUUGAUUACGAUUUGCAGAUGAGUUGGGUCAUCUUUCUCAGGUAUAUAGAAUUUCCCCCCAGCUUCUUAGACCUCUGUGAAGGAUGAUCACUUGCACCCCGUUGAUACAGUGGAGAAAAUACAGCCUAGACUCAUUCUGUUACUUUACGGAAGCAUUCUAUUUUUGAAAGGUGAGGUUAAGGUAGAUGACAUCAGCCUGUACAUACUAUACUAUGCUGUCAAUACUGUGACAACAAAAGGCAGCUUGCCCCAUCUGUCUGGUAACAUGUUUCAUUAUCCAGGCCCAGGCUCUCAGUAUCCUCCAUCUCUGUCUGGUAACAUGUUUCAUUAUCCAUCCCCAGGCUCCCAGUAUCCUCCAUCUCUGUCUGGUAACAUGUUUCAUUAUCCAGGCCCAGGCUCCCAGUAUCCUCCAUCUCUGUCUGGUAACAUGUUUCAUUAUCCAGCCCCAGGCUCCCAGUAUCCUCCAUCUCUGUCUGGUAACAUGUUUCAUUAUCCAUCCCCAGGCUCCCAGUAUCCUCCAUCUCUGGUAACAUGUUUCAUUAUCCAGGCCCAGGCUCCCAGUAUCCUCCAUCUCUGGUAACAUGUUUCAUUAUCCAGGCCCAGGCUCCCAGUAUCCUCCAUCUCUGUCUGGUAACAUGUUUCAUUAUCCAUCCCCAGGCUCCCAGUAUCCUCCAUCUCUGGUAACAUGUUUCAUUAUCCAGGCCCAGGCUCCCAGUAUCCUCCAUCUCUGGUAACAUGUUUCAUUAUCCAGGCCCAGGCUCUCAGUAUCCUCCAUCUCUGGUAACAUGUUUCAUUAUCCAUCCCCAGGCUCCCAGUAUCCUCCAUCUCUGGUAACAUGUUUCAUUAUCCAGGCCCAGGCUCCCAGUAUCCUCCUUCUCUGUCUGGUAACAUGUUUCAUUAUCCAGGCCCAGGCUCUCAGUAUCCUCCAUCUCUGGUAACAUGUUUCAUUAUCCAGGCCCAGGCUCCCAGUAUCCUCCAUCUCUGUCUGGUAACAUGUUUCAUUAUCCAGGCCCAGGCUCUCAGUAUCCUCCAUCUCUGUCUGGUAACAUGUUUCAUUAUCCAGGCCCAGGCUCUCAGUAUCCUCCAUCUCUGUCUGGUAACAUGUUUCAUUAUCCAGCCCCAGGCUCCCAGUAUCCUCCAUCUCUGUCUGGUAACAUGUUUCAUUAUCCAUCCCCAGGCUCCCAGUAUCCUCCAUCUCUGGUAACAUGUUUCAUUAUCCAGGCCCAGGCUCCCAGUAUCCUCCAUCUCUGGUAACAUGUUUCAUUAUCCAGGCCCAGGCUCUCAGUAUCCUCCAUCUCUGUCUGGUAACAUGUUUCAUUAUCCAUCCCCAGGCUCCCAGUAUCCUCCAUCUCUGGUAACAUGUUUCAUUAUCCAGGCCCAGGCUCCCAGUAUCCUCCAUCUCUGGUAACAUGUUUCAUUAUCCAGGCCCAGGCUCUCAGUAUCCUCCAUCUCUGGUAACAUGUUUCAUUAUCCAUCCCCAGGCUCCCAGUAUCCUCCUUCUCUGUCUGGUAACAUGUUUCAUUAUCCAUCCCCAGGCUCCCAGUAUCCUCCAUCUCUGUCUGGUAACAUGUUUCAUUAUCCAGGCCCAGGCUCUCAGUAUCCUCCAUCUCUGUCUGGUAACAUGUUUCAUUAUCCAGCCCCAGGCUCCCAGUAUCCUCCAUCUCUGUCUGGUAACAUGUUUCAUUAUCCAGGCCCAGGCUCCCAGUAUCCUCCUUCUCUGUCUGGUAACAUGUUUCAUUAUCCAGCCCCAGGCUCCCAGUAUCCUCCAUCUCUGUCUGGUAACAUGUUUCAUUAUCCAGCCCCAGGCUCCCAGUAUCCUCCUUCUCUGUCUGGUAACAUGUUUCAUUAUCCAUCCCCAGGCUCCCAGUAUCCUCCUUCUCUGUCUGGUAACAUGUUUCAUUAUCCAGCCCCAGGCUCCCAGUAUCCUCCUUCUCGGUCUGGUAACAUGUUUCAUUAUCCAGGCCCAGGCUCCCAGUAUCCUCCAUCUCUGGUAACAUGUUUCAUUAUCCAGGCCCAGGCUCCCAGUAUCCUCCAUCUCUGUCUGGUAACAUGUUUCAUUAUCCAGGCCCAGGCUCCCAGUAUCCUCCAUCUCUGGUAACAUGUUUCAUUAUCCAGGCCCAGGCUCUCAGUAUCCUCCAUCUCUGGUAACAUGUUUCAUUAUCCAGGCCCAGGCUCUCAGUAUCCUCCAUCUCUGGUAACAUGUUUCAUUAUCCAUCCUCAGGCUCACAGCUACAGCAGGUGGGAGGAAAUUACCAUACAAACAUACAAGGCCAUGCUUCGUCUUGGCACACCAAACUGUCCAUCUGCUUCUGUUAAAAACCACACAGAGCUGUCCAUCUGCUUCUGCUAAAAGCCACAUCAGAAAUUAAGAGAAAGAAAGGCUGCUUAGGGGAACCAGUAAAGCUGCGUAUGCCGCUCCUGUGCUUAAUGCCAUUAGGAGUAAUAAUACACAAUGGAAUAUGGAACAAAAAGACCAGGCUGAUUUACUCUGGGAUCAGCCUUAUGAUUUUCUCUGGGAUCAACCUAAUGAUUUACUCUGGGAUCAACCUUAGGAUUUACUCUGGGAUCAACCUUAUGAUUUACUCUGGGAUCAACCUUAGGAUUUACUCUGGGAUCAACCUUAGGAUUUACUCUGGGUCAACCUUAGGAUUUACUCUGGGAUCAACCUUAGGAUUUACUCUGGGGUCAACCUUAGGAUUUACUCUGGGAUCAACCUUAGGAUUUACUCUGGGAUCAACCUUAGGAUUUACUCUGGGAUCAACCUUAGGAUUUACUCUGGGUCAACCUUAGGAUUUACUCUGGGAUCAACCUUAGGAUUUACUCUGGGUCAACCUUAGGAUUUACUCUGGGGUCAACCUUAGGAUUUACUCUGGGAUCAACCUUAGGAUUUACUCUGGGAUCAACCUUAGGAUUUACUCUGGGUCAACCUUAGGAUUUACUCUGGGAUCAACCUUAGGAUUUACUCUGGGUCAACCUUAGGAUUUACUCUGGGAUCAACCUUAGGAUUUACUCUGGGAUCAACCUUAGGAUUUACUCUGGGAUCAACCUUAGGAUUUACGCUGGGUCAACCUUAGGAUUUACUCUGGGAUCAACCUUAGGAUUUACUCUGGGUCAACCUUAGGAUUUACUCUUGGAUCAACCUUAGGAUUUACUCUGGGUCAACCUUAGGAUUUACUCUGGGGUCAACCUUAGGAUUUACUCUGGGAUCAACCUUAGGAUUUACUCUGGGAUCAACCUUAGGAUUUACUCUGGGUCAACCUUAGGAUUUACUCUGGGAUCAACCUUAGGAUUUACUCUGGGAUCAACCUUAGGAUUUACUCUGGGAUCAACCUUAGGAUUUACUCUGGGUCAACCUUAGGAUUUACUCUGGGAUCAACCUUAGGAUUUACUCUGGGUCAACCUUAGGAUUUACUCUUGGAUCAACCUUAGGAUUUACUCUGGGUCAACCUUAGGAUUUACUCUGGGAUCAACCUUAGGAUUUACUCUGGGAUCAGCCUUUCUGGUAGUUGACUGGUAAACUUUAAAAGUUUCCUGUUAUAUGCCCUGCAUUGCAACCCUCCUGAUCCUGUUUUGGAAUAUCAGCAUAGUGUUGUGAAUAUAGACUAUGCAUUUUGAUGAAUUGAGUGUUGUACUUUAACAAGCACUAUUGCUGCAGUAGAUGUACUGAAUAAAACAUGUGAUGAUCAAACCACAAUAACCAUAAUAGGCUUUUUGAGACACACUGUGGCUCAGUGUGCGCGUGUGUGUGUUCACUGUGUGUUUGCAGCGUAUGAGAAGGAGGACAGCUGUGAGGAGAUGUCAGUCCCGGACAGCCUUCAGAGCGAGGUCAUCCAGCACAGCUCCGUCAGCACAUCCAACGGAGUCAGCUCCUCCUCCACGACCCCUGCUGCCUCCGCCCUUGCUUCAGCCCACGUCCCAACCACAGCAGACCAGAGCACGGAGGAAGGCCAGCCCCAGGGGGGUGGUUCCCUGUUCACCGCCCAGACUCAGCCCUCGGGAAGCUGA